AUGCUGCUCGACCUGCUGGCCGCUCCUGGCGGGGGCACCGGAGGCCAAGGGAUCCACCGUCUGGAGGAGGCCGCGGCGUGGCAGCCCGAGGCCAUGGAUGUUGAACAGCAGGAGGCCUCCUGGGGCUCCCUGUGGGACAGCGAGCUGCCAGAGUUCGCUGACCUGGGCGAGGUGCUGCUCUCGCCACCGCCGCCAACGCAGGCAGCGACCGCAUCGGCGGGAGGCCAGCAGGCACGCGCCAAGCGGGCGCGGGGACGCGGCAGCGGCGGCGGGCGCCCCAGCCUGCUGCGCAGCAGCUUCAGGGGGGUGGCCGUGCACCCACGCACCGGCAGGCAAGCGCUGGGCCAAGCUCCGCAUCCCUGCCUCUGCCCUCCGCCGCUCUCCCUGCCCCCUUGCCGUGCCCCGACCAGCCUGCGCUGGGCCUGCAGGGUGGAGGCGCACGUGUGGGUGGCAGGCAGGCAGCUCUACGGCAGCGGCUUCUACAGCCAGGAGGUGGCGGCUCUGGCUUACGACCUGCUCAGCGUAAGAGUGCGGGGCGCCGAGGCGGCCACCAACUUUCCGCUGGAGCUCUACCACGCCGAGUUGGCGGCGGGGGCCCAGGUGCCUCUGGAGCAGCUGGUGACGCACCUGCGGGCUCAGGGCAAGGCGCUGGCGCGCAUCGACGCCUGCCAGGGGGCCGCCGCCUCACUGGAGCCCUGGGAGCUGCAGGCACGAGGGUGUGCGGCAGGGCUGUCUGAGGCGAUCUCAGGGCAGCCCUCGCUGGGGCUGUUUGCCUGCGAGGCCGAGGCGGCCCGCGCGGUGGACCGAGGGCUGCUGGCCCGAGACGGCCUGGCCACGGCGCCGCUGCUCACCUUCCCGCUGGCUUCCUAUGCCGCCCUGCUGGACGCCGCCACCGUGCAGCAGGCGAUCCUGCAGGGCCUGCUGCCAGUGACAGUCGAGGCGGUGUCUGCGGCGCCGCCGCCGCUGCCAGCGCAGCAGCUGCCAGGGCUAGAGCUGGCUGCAUCCCAGAACACCGUGCUGCCGCACAUAGCCAGCCUGCCUGCUGUCAGCCACCACGCCGGCAGCGGCGGCUGGGAGGGGGCGGCUCAGGGCGGCGGCGGCGGCGCCACUGCGACGGCGGCAGCAGACGGUUGGGGCAUGGCGCCGCCGGUGCCGCAGCCCGCGGUGCAGCGGAAAGCAUCGAUGACGCCCCGCGCCUCCCAGCUGGGCUGA